AUGAUUCCAUUACAACAGAUGAUUCUAUUACAACAGAUGAUGCCAUUACAACAGACGAUUCCAUUACAACAGAUGAUUCCAUUACAACAGAUGAUUCUAUUACAACAGAUGAUUCUAUUACAACAGACGAUUCCAUUACAACAGAUGAUUCCAUUACAACAGACGAUUCCAUUACAACAGAUGAUUCUAUUACAACAGAUGAUUCUAUUACAACAGACGAUUCCAUUACAACAGAUGAUUCUAUUACAACACAUGAUUCUAUUACAACAGAUGAUUCCAUUACAAAAGAUGAUUCUAUUACAACAGAUGAUGCCAUUACAACAGACGAUUCCAUCACAACAGAUGAUUCCAUUACAACAGAUGAUAUUAUUACAACAGAUGAUUCUAUUACAACAGAUGAUUCUAUUACAACAGACGAUUCCAUUACAACAGAUGAUUCCAUUACAACAGAUGAUAUUAUUACAACAGAUGAUUCUAUUACAACAGAUGAUUCCAUUACAACAGAUGAUUCUAUUACAACACGAUGAUUCUAUUACAACAGAUGAUUCCAUUACAACAGAUGAUUCCAUUACAACAGAUGAUUCUAUUACAACAGAUGAUUCCAUUACAACAGAUGAUUCCAUUACAACAGAUGAUUCUAUUACAACAGAUGAUUCCAUUACAACAGAUGAUUCUUUUACAACAGAAGAUUCCAUUACAACAGACGAUUCCAUUACAACAGACGAUUCCAUUACAACAGAUGAUUCUAUAACAACAGAUGAUUCUUUUACAACUGAAGAUUCUAUUACAACAGAUGAUUCUAUUACAACAGAUGAUUCUAUUACAACAGAUGAUGCCAUUACAACAGACGAUUCCAUCACAACAGAUGAUUCCAUUACAACAGAUGAUAUUAUUACAACAGAUGAUUCGAUUACAACCGAUGAUUCUAUUACAACAGACGAUUCCAUUACAACAGAUGAUUCCAUUACAACAGAUGAUAUUAUUACAACAGAUGAUUCUAUUACAACAGACGAUUCCAUUACAACAGAUGAUUCCUUUACAACAGAUGAUUCCAUUACAACAGAUGAUUCUAUUACAACAGAUGAUUCUAUUACAACAGACGAUUCCAUUACAACAGAUGAUUCUAUUACAACACAUGAUUCUAUUACAACAGAUGAUUCUAUUACAACAGACGAUUCCAUUACAACAGAUGAUUCUAUUACAACAGAUGAUUCAUUACAACAGAUGAUUCUAUUACAACAGAUGAUUCUAUUACAACAGAUGAUUCCAUUACAACAGACGAUUCCAUUACAACAGAUGAUUCUAUUACAACAGAUGAUUCCAUUACAACAGAUGAUUCUAUUACAACAGAUGAUUCCAUUACAACAGAUGAUUCCAUUACAACAGAUGAUUCUAUUACAACAGAUGAUUCUAUUACAACAGAUGAUUCCAUUACAACAGAUGAUUCUAUUACAACAGAUGAUUCUAUUACAACAGAUGAUUCCAUUACAACAGAUGAUUCCAUUACAACAGAUGAUUCUAUUACAACAGAUGAUUCCAUUACAACAGACGAUUCCAUUACAACAGAUGAUUCUAUUACAACAGAUGAUUCCAUUACAACGGAUGAUUCUUUUACAACAAAAGAUUCUAUUACAACAGACGAUUCCAUUUCAACAGACGAUUCCAUUACAACAGAUGAUUCUAUUACAACAGAUGAUUCUUUUACCACUGAAGAUUCCAUUACAACAGAUGAUUCUAUUACAACACAUGAUUCUAUUACAACAGAUGAUUCCAUUACAACAGAUGAUUCCAUUACAACAGAUGAUUCUAUUACAACAGAUGAUUCUAUUACAACAGAUGAUUCGAUUACAACGAUGA